GGCUCAGUAGGGGCAGAGACCUAGCCUAGUUCGUCCUAUAUCUACCCAGAUUGUCCAGAGCACCAGAUGGUGCUAAAGUCUGGCUCAGUUAGGUGCACUAAGCCCCAGUUCGCACUUGUGCAAAAGGGAUGUUGCAGCCAUAUCCAGACCAGAACGUAACCCUCACUCCGGCCCCCACACUCACCAGUGGGAACCUGAACCCAGCAAUAAUGUACUCUCAUAGCUCCCCAACCGGUCCUAUUCCCAGCCUGAGAUUACACGCAUGCCAGUGGUUGCUUGAGCCAGUUGGCUUAGCCCCUUACCUGUCUCAGCUUUUGCCUUCGAUGCUGUGGCCUAGUAUACCUGGCUCAUGCAGCUAGUCAGUAUAAGAGCCUAGCUCAGCAUGACUUGUGCUCCAUCAUGAUUUCUGUUCUUCCUCGUGAAUUAAGGUUUGCUCAGCCCUGUCUGGUCCACCCCCUUCCAGUUGCAGCUCGGCACACCUCACAUCCUGUUUCAGGAUCCGCAUUCGGAUGCUGCUGCCUUGACCUGCCCAGACUGCUGUUGGUUCCUUUACCCACUCUGAAGGUUGCAGAGAGAGACUUGCAGUUCGUCACAUAGGCAUAGUGAAGAAGUAUUGAUCCUCAUGGAAGAAGAACAGGAUUUACCGGAACAGCCAGUGAAAAAAGCCAAGAUGCAGGAAUCGGGAGAGCAAACUUUAAAUCCAGUAAGCAGCCCGGACACCAGUGAUCAGAAACCUGAAACGGCAAGCCUGGCAUCAAACCUCCCCAUGUCAGAGGAACUUAUGACAUGCACCGAUUACAUCCCUCGCUCAUCCAAUGAUUAUACCUCACAAAUGUAUUCUGCAAAACCUUAUGCACAUAUCCUCUCAGUUCCUGUUUCGGAAACUGCUUACCCUGGGCAGACUCAGUACCAGACACUGCAGCAGUCUCAACCCUAUGCUGUCUACCCUCAGGCAACACAAACAUACGGACUACCUCCUUUUGGUGCAUUGUGGCCAGGUAUGAAACCUGAAAGUGGUUUAAUUCAGACUCCAUCUCCAAGUCAACACAGUGUUCUUACCUGCACUACAGGGUUAACCACAAGCCAGCCAAGCCCAGCACAUUAUUCUUAUCCCAUUCAAGCUUCAAGCACAAAUGCCAGCCUGAUAUCCACUUCAUCUACAAUUGCCAAUAUUCCGGCAGCAGCAGUUGCUAGCAUCUCAAAUCAAGACUAUCCCACCUAUACUAUUCUUGGUCAGAAUCAGUACCAGGCCUGCUAUCCCAGCUCCAGUUUUGGAGUCACGGGCCAGACUAACAGUGACCCUGAAAGUACCACAUUAGCAGCAGCCACGUACCAGACAGAGAAGCCUAGCGUCAUGGGACCCAGCCCUGCAGCACAGAGACUUCCCUCUGUAGAUCCUUCUACAAGCCCUUCUCUGUCCCAGACUACACCAAGUAAAGAUGCUGAUGAUCAGUCCAAGAAAAACAUGACUGGCAAGAACCGAGGCAAGAGGAAAGCUGAUGCAAGUUCUUCUCAGGACAGUGAAUUGGAACGGGUAUUUCUUUGGGACCUGGAUGAAACCAUCAUUAUCUUCCACUCCCUUCUUACUGGAUCCUAUGCUCAGAAAUAUGGAAAGGACCCUACUGUGGUGAUUGGCUCAGGUUUAACAAUGGAAGAAAUGAUUUUUGAAGUGGCUGAUACACAUCUCUUUUUCAAUGACUUAGAGGAGUGUGACCAAGUGCAUGUGGAAGAUGUGGCUUCCGAUGACAAUGGCCAAGACUUGAGCAACUACAGUUUCUCCACAGACGGCUUCAGUGGCUCGGGGGGUAGCAGUAGUCAUGGCUCCUCUGUCGGUGUCCAGGGAGGUGUGGACUGGAUGAGGAAACUGGCUUUCCGCUACCGCAAAGUGAGAGAGAUCUACGACAAGCAUAAAAGCAACGUGGGCGGGCUUCUCAGUCCCCAAAGAAAGGAGGCACUGCAGAGACUAAGAGCAGAAAUCGAAGUGCUAACAGAUUCCUGGUUAGGAACUGCGUUAAAGUCCUUACUGCUCAUUCAGUCAAGAAAGAAUUGUGUGAAUGUUCUGAUCACUACCACCCAGCUGGUUCCAGCACUGGCCAAGGUGCUCCUGUAUGGACUAGGAGAAAUAUUUCCUAUUGAAAACAUCUAUAGUGCUACCAAAAUUGGUAAGGAGAGCUGUUUUGAGAGAAUUGUGUCAAGGUUUGGAAAGAAAGUCACAUAUGUGGUGAUUGGAGAUGGACGCGAUGAAGAAAUUGCAGCCAAACAGCACAACAUGCCUUUCUGGAGGAUCACAAACCACGGAGACCUUGUGUCCCUUCACCAGGCCCUGGAGCUGGACUUCCUCUAACAGGACUGGAACAAAGUCUUGUGUGAGCUCCUUCUCAUCCCAAGGGAGCCAGAGACUGGAACCAGCUGGGAAAUCUCUGUCUUUGCUCCAUGGAAGCUGGUGAGAACACAGUCGGACUAAGAGCCACAGGUGGGGCUGGGAGCCAGCCACUGCCCCGCGCUCAUCCUUGCCCAGACGCCCAAGACAGUUGGAUGGAGAGAACAGUUGACUUGCUGCGGCUCCUGUGCUUUAAUUCUCCUGUUUUGUUUUGAGAAAGCAAAGAAAGGAAAAGGAAAUUCUUGGAGCAGAGUUGUACUUGGAGUUGUGAUCAGAUUGAGACUGCUGUGUGCUUGGGAGAGGAUGAACGCAGCAGCCUCUGUACUGUCUCCUGCAGCCUGGAGACCCUCCGUAGCUGUAGCACAAACUUCCAGGACUGUGUAUGUUAUUUUUUAGGUAAGGGUCUCUGAAGCAGGCUUUCCCUCUUUCUUCUUCUAGCAAGAAAGGGGCAUGUAAAGUUUCCUUGAAAAUAGUUGUUGAAAUGUCUAAAUACCUCUGUGUGACAGUCACUCCCCUGAUGCUGCUCCAGGGGUCUGCUCCGUAGGAUGGCUUCUCCUGUUCUUCCAUCUCCUAACUCAGCCCAGCUCCAGGGUGCUAGGCACUGGGAAUUCUAGGUUUGGCAUCCCUCUUCCUAAAAGCCUUAGUCCCUUCUCCAAUCCAGCUUCCCCUUUCACCAGAUGACACAAAGCUGGAAACUGCUUCUCUUAGUCAGUAGAUUGGAAGCCUCCAAUUUGAUUUGUAAUUCAGAGACCAUGUCCUAGCAGGCUUCGCCUCUCAACUGGAAAAGGGAAACUAAGGCCUCUUCUUCUAAGGCUCCCUAGACAUCGGCCACUUCGCAAGACGACACUCUCCGCGCUUGCACAAAAGCAGCUUCUCCCAUCGCCUGCUGCCCACACAGCCGCGGGGCUCUGAGCCUUCCACCUCUUCAGCUCGCUCUAGCUCCAUUCAGCCCUGGCCAAGUCCCGCACGUUGGUCCCAGGGCAUCACAUCGAGUCUUGAAAACAGUCCUGUCACUGCAUUUUGUCCCAAGCUGCCACGGUGUUUGGCUUCCUUUGAGGAAACCUGCAAGCCGUGUACAGGGUCUGGGCUCACAUGCACCCAUGCCUCUGCCUGUAACUGAAGAGCAGCCUGUUCUGCUUUCAUCUGCGAGGCCACACUCUCCUGAUUGAAAUGCUGGCUCUUUUUCUGCAUGACUGGAGGCUUAAUCCUAGACCAAAUACAGGAGCAUCUCAGCCCAACCCCAGUGUUCGUAGGUGCCUCGGCACUGGCUCCAGCCUUCCAGCUGGCUGGGUUUGUUUGGAUGUGCCUUGCCUCUAAGGCCCAAGUAGGUACCUACUCAGCCAGGAUAAAUUUUCAGGCACUGACAAAACUCAGACUGUCCAGGCAGCACCAAGCAGGGUGACUGAGUCCCUCAGAAAGACACAGUGUUGGUCCUGAGGAGGGAUCAUCUUUGGCCAAUCCCAGCCAUGCAGGCUUUUCCCCAGUUCCAUGUAUCAUUUCCAAGAUGUCACCGCACAGGGAGGCUGACUCUGCCCAGGCAGGCAGAUAACAACCAAGAAAGGCUGGUGUACAUAUUCCUUCGGAGCUGUCUGCAGAGUGCUUCGUGUCUACCGGCUUUAGGAAGCAAGUUAUGUGAGACUGCUGAAGCAAUUGCUCCAUCACUGAACUGCUGCUUUGGCCUCAUUUCCAUGUGGGGUGGAAGACACAGACGGCGGAGGCAGGCCUUCCCCAGACCUGUCCUCAAGCAUGAGACCCUGGUACUAGUGCUCCACGAUGACAAUCCCAGAAAACCCCCCUCUGUCCACUGGGGUAACCUGGUUGGUGGCUCUGGCCAAGGCCACCCUGUCAGGGCCGUGCCUCAGGCCGGCAGGGCUGCAAACAAUACCCCUGUCACACACACAGAUCCUCCCCAUACCACAUCCUCUGGGAACUCUUCGUGCAUAGAAUACAACUUGGUAUUUUUCUGGUGGGCCUUUUCCUCUUGCCUGACUAUCCAGCUUAGCUUUUUCCAAAGGGAACUUGAACUUGGCAAGGACAGGCGAGGAGGCUUUCUGAGCAGAGCAGCCUCUGUUCUUUUCCAUUGCUGCCACCCUCCCUCAUCCAGAGGAGGAUAAGAGGGCAGGCGCUCAUCUUUGCCAAAAUGAAGUCUCCAGCAAACACUCCCCUUCUCACCUUGUCUGUCCCCUCCCCAGCAUAGAGAUCUUAGUAAGAGGGAGACCAAGAGCCUUGGGUCUGCCUAGCCGACGGCAGCCCUGUUUCCUGGAGAGUCCCCAUGAAAUGAGCCACACAGUAAACCCUUCGGGCACCCUGAGCACCCAGAAAUGGGUGCAUGGAUUUCUUGUGAGGACUGUGGCUAAUGGAGUGGCCAGGUGGGUCGUGGCUUUCAGAGGCGGCUUAACUUCUGAAUGUAAAACUGACUGUGCCUUAGCAUCGCUCUGUCCAGGGCCCUGGGGCCUGCUCCAGACCUAGAUGCCUGUUUGGGCUUUUGUGUGAUUUGGGGUAUUCCUGUCUUCUGCUCUGCAAGUUGGUGAGGGGCAAGGCAAGUGUCCCAAGAUGUGCCACAGCUCACUUGCUCGCAGUUCAUGCAAACUCAGCUUCAAAGCUCCAAGUAGAAUCCAAUUGAUAAACUCCAGCUGCAGCUUGCAGAACUCGCAGCUGUUCCGAGCCUUGAAUGGGUGUUGGUGUCACUGAACCCCAGGGCCAUGGUCCCCUCUUCCUGGGAGAGGGACAGUUUAGGCCCAGAGUGAUGAGCUUACAGCCUCUUGUUCCUCCAUAAGGGGCCAUGAGGGCUGCCCCCUCAGCAGGCUUCUGUGUGACCACUUCAUCGGUGAGCAUCCUUGUUCAUCUCAAAGUUAGGACCCCCUCCCGAACCCUCACUUUAGAGAGGCCAUAGCUGAGCUCUGAGGUUCUAGAAUACCUGCAGCUACAGGAGGGAGAGCGGAGCUAUGACCAGUGGGCCAGCUGCCCCUCCUUCACCUCCAGUCACUCAGCUCCAGCCAGCCAGGCUCCUUGGUCCCUGAUGCGCUGACAGGAGCCACUUCCUUAAGGAUGAUUUCUGAAAGCACGAUGCUGCAAGAACAGGCAUUGAGUGGGUUGGAUCUAUUUAUGUGACUGCGGGCAUUCGUGGCUGUAGUAUCCUUGACCAUAAUGUUAUAUGUAACGGGAACUAUCUUAUAAACUUGAAAAAAAAAUAAAGUUUUUAUUUUCUA